CUCUGCUGCAUUCGUUAUCAAACGCUAAUCCAAAUAAUUAAAAUUUCCAGCCCUUGAUACUAAUUUAUUUUUGGGGGGUUGGAGUUAUUUUGGAACUUUGGCUUUCUAUUAAGACGUGUUUAAGUGGCAUUUUUCAUGCAGGCCCUUUGGUUUCUGCUCAGUGUCAUGUUGUCAUUCUUUGAGUAUUCUCCUGUUUGUGCUUUCUGUGAGAAGCACAGAACUUUUUUUCUGGCUUUGUAACAGAGAGUGGGGGUCACAUUGCAGACAUGGGGAAAGAUUGACAAAAACAAAGGGACUCAGAACCUUGUAUCCCAAGCCCCAACUGAGUUUUGUUUUUUUAAACAAAACUCAGUUGGCUUAUGUUGUGGUGGAAUUCCUAUGCAAAGAACUUGUUAAUGGAGAAGAACAGAUCAUAACAGAGGUAGACAUUGUGGCAUCAUCCUGAAUCCAUGGUGAUGAUAAGCUCUGUUGGUGGCCAUGUAGCAAUUACAGUAAUAUGAUGGCAGAAAAGAUGGCCAGAAAGAGGGUGAAAGUUGGAGACCCAUCAGAGUGGAAUGCAUAUGAGAUCAAGAUUCUCUAUCGUAAUGAUGACUACCUAAAGGCAAGACAAAAAUGUCUCCUGGCCGAAGAAGUGUCAAACCUUGACACAGAGAUGAAAACAGAAGUACAGGAGGGGAGGAGGAAAAGAAAAAGAAACCGUACUCUGGUUCAUUCUGAUGAUGAGGAGGAAAGACUCAAACCAAGAAAAGGCCUCCCACAGCCCCCAGCUGCUCCUAAGCCACCGGUGCCACCAAAUUCAAGGCAAAAGUCCAUCAUGCCGCUUACACCUUCUGGUGUAAACCACUUUCACAGUCUACUCCUGUCGCCCGUGCAAUGCAUCCAGUUCCUCCAUCAACCAACUCCCAUCAAUUGGGAAGUCCUCUAUUGGGUAAAUACCUUGGCUUUUAUUGGAGGGAAGGAUUUGAGAGCGACAGUUUACAACAUGUUGCCUAAAAUCAUCUUGAACAGUCUGGCACAGCAGUACAGCUUCCUAGGGUGGAAGGGAAAGAGAAGUUUGUCUGCUCACAAGCAGUUGCUGACUGUAAUAUUUAGAGCUGUACGAAAGAGCCACGGAGCAGAGUCACUGCAGGACAUGGAAAUCUAAAGCAUUCAAGGAAUCGCAAAGACUUUUGUGCCACCGCAGCAGCUAAGGGAGAUGACCAUGUCACAUCUUAGGAAAAACUGCACCAUCACAUUUACAUACACACCAGCGGACGGGAA